AUGGAGUCUCUAUUGACUUUGAUAAACGAAGUUGUGGACAGACCACCUUCCUUGACUACCCCUAAUACUCAUCCUCCUCCUCUACCACCACCGUCUAUACUUUCACCUAAUAACAACUCGUUUGAAAUAAAUAAAGACGGCCAUGAGAUCUUUGAUUCGGAAGGAAGAGACGACGAUAAUGCUAUCUCUCCAUUAAAAAGAAAUUUGGACAUUUAUAAUAGUAACAAUAAAAAACAGGACAAUAGUAACACCAACAACAAUUUAAACAAUUCAGACAACUUAACUAUAGAUGAUUCUUCUGGCGAAGAAAAAGAACAUAACUCAAAAAAUCUAGAAACAUUGUCGCAGGAAACGUCAAAUUCACCUUCAACACCUUCAUUUCUUAAAAGUGCCACCAUUUCUGUUGCCAUUGGCAAUUUAUCAGCGAUUCCAGAACAAACUGAACUUAUGACUACAGUUGUAGACGCCUCGUCUUCUGUUGUUGAUGAUAAUUCUAUGUCUUCAUCGUCUUUAGAUAGCUUAGAAUCUAAUAACAAUAAUAAUAGGGAAUUAGCGGCAUCAAAACAGGAAGGAAUGAGGGUAUUUGAGGAGGUGAAGGAAGAUGUGAUAAAAAGUCGUCGUACUCCUAUUGAAACAGAACAAGCUUAUGAAUAUUCAAAUAUACUUCCCCAAUCAUCAUCACCCUCAUUUGCUACUAUACAUUCAGAUGAAUCAAUCUUGGGCGAACAUUAUCCUGCAAUUAAAGAAACACCUUCUGUAUCAGUCUCACCAGCACCUUUAUUAAUGGCGGGUGAUCGAUAUCCCCCAAUGACACCUUUGCGAAGCAUUAAAGAUUUUACUCGAGCUGGAAUAUUAACCUCCAGGGAAGUUCGAUAUCCUAGUCCCGGUACCUUUUUUGCAGGAAAGAGUGGCCCAUUAGGAGAUAUAAGCGGGAGAUUAUCACCAAGCAAAAGGCCAAGAUUCUUUUCACCAAAUUCAAAUAGAAACGAGCGUUGGCCGACACCAACGAUUGAUACUACACGAACUGAACGUUCAGGGCGAAAGACCAUGGAAGGCUGGCCUACCUCACCACGUCGUAUGCAAUUGGCAAGCCCGCGCUUCAAGUCUUUAACCGACCUUGUGGAAGAGACAUCAGAGAAUCCUGAACAGAUAGAAAUAAGUGAAAAAAGACCGGAAUCUUUGGAAUUACCUAUUCAACUUUCUCAGGAAAAUAAAGUAAUCUCAUCUUCAUCUAUUGAAGAAAAUGAUGCAAUCAUAAGAGGAUUGGAUGAGAAUAAUAAGAAAAUUAAUUAUGAAGAAAUUCGAGAAGAAAAGAUUCCAGCAGAUCCUGAAGAUGAUAAAGAAAAAGAAAAACAAGAUAUUCCCGGAAAACUCUUAAUAAAAUCAUCAUUUAGUGAAAUUAUUCGGUCAAAAGACAGUGAAAUACCAUUGAACACCAGUAAAAAUUUUCAAUCAAAUGAAAGACACAUUUCAGGUUUGUUCAAUAUGCCUCCUUUGGUUGAGAAUAGUGAGGAUAUUGAGGAAGAGGAGGAGUGCGAUUCAACCCCAACACCUUCGCCCAUAAUAAAACCCUCAGACACAACAGCGAGCUUGGACAUUGGUCGUAUUAAAACACGAACAUCAGCCAUUAAUUUAUUUCCCUCUCGAGAUCCUCAAACAAAUGAAUCAAAAAAAUUUAGUGAUAACAAAUUUUUUCGGUCAAUACAAACGAGGAGAACAGACAGAAAAAAUGUACCGAAAAAACUAAUGAUAAUAUCUGAAGACGAAGAUGAAGAAGAAUCAAAAACUUCAGACAAUGCACAAACAUUUAAUAAUGAUCGGAGGUCAUCUCCAAAAUCAGCGCCAUUACCUUCAUCAUCGACACCUAAUAUCUCAUUUCCAAUAACACCAGCUACUACAAAGACUAUUUGGAGAUGGCCUAAAAGGCCAUUUAGUCCAGCUCGAGAAAAAUGUAAAGAACAAUCACCUAAUGAUUCUAAUGAUGACCCUUCAAUGCAUAUUGGAAAAGUGGGAAAUCUAUGGGCUAAAAAGACGCUAGGACAAUUAAGAGAAUAUCAUAAGCGUCAUAGUCCUAGUAUUUGGGGUAAAGGGUUUGGUUCUCCUAGUAGUUCAAGUCCAUUAAAAGAAUCAUUUUCUUCUGUAUUACAAAUAUCCCCUGUUAGUGAUGUUGAGGCAACUAAAUCUCCAAUGACUCCUAAUUUACUUGUUGCUGAUCAAUUAGAAACCAUUGAUGAAGAAGACGAUGAAGAAAUUGGAGUAUGGUCAAGCGAAGAAGUUGACCUCACAGAUUCUGGUAAGGAAGAUAAAAAACCGAAUCCACCAUCAUCAUCUUCGAUACCAAUCAGUCCAUCGUCAAUAAUCGAAGAAAUAACAGAGCCUCAAGGAAUGAAAGUAUCUCCUGAACACUUGACAGUGGUAGGAGGAACAGCCGUGUACAGAGAAAAUUCGCCAAGUUCAUCUAGCGCUUCUUUACAAUUGCGAACUAAUCCUCAAAAUUCAUCACUUGGCAAACAUAAUGCUAAACCAUUAUUUGAGACUACAUUCACUAUUUCUAAUAUCACAGACAAGCCAUUACGUUACGAAAUACUUUGGCCAGCAUUCCGAUUUGAUGUAUCACCGGCUUACGGAAUAGUUCAAGCAAAAGGCGUAACAGUAGUAAAAAUAUCAGUGAUGAUGAAACAUAUGAAUGCCGGAUCAAAACGCGAUGAACUUAAAGAUUCAAAGAAGUUAAUGGGAAUGCUCAAAGGAGCCACGAGAAUAGACAAUGAGAAACCAUUAAUGGGGCACACUCGAAUACUUGUAUUAUGUGAAAAUGGAGAAAGAAGAGAGAUAUUAGUUGAUAUUGUUCAAGCAAAGAAAAAAUCAAAAGAACUUGAACCGGUUAAAGGCACAAAAAAUGUUAAAGAUGGAGGAAAUACGGGUAUUAAUAGAAAUUUCAUUAGACGAACUGUAGGUGAUUUUAGACCAACCAGUCGAAGUACCAGUCCAGACAAUAAAAAAGUACAUAGCAAUCGUAGCAAACCACUAUCUUCUACUAAUCGAAUUAGUCGACCGAGUACACCCGAUUAUAAAUUAGCUGAUCGACCAAUAAUAUCACGUUCACGUACACCCGAAGAAUCUAAACAGCUACCACAGCGAAAAAACCUUAUUUAUCUUGGAAUUCCUGGAAAUGUUAGUUGCCCCGAUACUACUAUCCGUGAAACUGCUAAUGGUGUAUUUCGUAUACAUAAUCCUACAAAUAAACAUAUAUCAUGGCAUUUAACCACUGCGACAAAUCCUUUCCUUAAACGAUCAGAUUCAUCUUCACAACAAAAAAUUACCGAUGAGGUAUUUCUAAUAAUGAAAACACAUGGAUUUUUAAGGCCUGGACAAUCAGAACGUGUAGAUGUCAGUUUUCAUCCUUUAUUCGUCGGUACAUAUGUACAAAAUUUUAUGCUUGAAGAAUCUAUGAAUUCUGAAGCGGCCGGUGGUUUAGGUGGUGUAUCUUUACGGAUGCAAGGAGAAGGAAAACCAGAUACUUCAUCGAGUACACCAAAUGAAAGACGAAGAAGGGGCGUGGACUUUGUGGUAUCAGAAAAAGAAAUUCAAAUACCCCCGACAAGAGUUGGAAGACGAAGGUCUAUUGGGAUUAAAAUUGAGAACCCUUCUCCUCAAUUAAUACGGAUUCGGUGUAAAUGUGAAGUAGUAUCGGGAGCAAUUGGAACAUCAGUUUUAUCGAUUCCUUUGUCUAGUGUGCUAAUCAAGCCAAAAGCGUUUGUUCUAUUGCCUGUACGCUUUCAACCAAAAGAAUCCGGCGAGAUUAAAGGUGUCGUAAAACUUCAAGCUAUAGGAAAAACUGAGAGGAAAGUGGAUAUCAUAGCGGAUGGUGUAGUUGAUACUGGACCUUCGAUUGAAUUAUCUCCUUGA